GGGUAAAGAUGGCGGAGCGUGGUUACAGCUUUUCGCUGACUACAUUCAGCCCGUCUGGUAAACUUGUCCAGAUAGAAUAUGCUUUGGCUGCUGUAGCUGGAGGAGCUCCUUCAGUGGGAAUUAAAGCUGCAAAUGGCGUGGUCUUAGCAACUGAGAAGAAACAGAAGUCCAUUCUGUAUGAUGAGCGAAGUGUCCACAAAGUGGAACCAAUCACCAAGCAUAUAGGUUUGGUGUAUAGUGGCAUGGGCCCAGAUUACAGGGUACUUGUGCACAGAGCUCGAAAACUAGCUCAGCAGUACUAUCUCGUUUACCAAGAACCCAUUCCCACAGCUCAGCUGGUCCAGAGAGUAGCUUCUGUGAUGCAGGAAUACACCCAGUCAGGUGGUGUUCGCCCAUUUGGAGUUUCUUUACUUAUCUGUGGUUGGAAUGAGGGACGGCCAUAUUUAUUUCAGUCAGAUCCAUCUGGAGCUUACUUUGCCUGGAAAGCCACAGCAAUGGGAAAGAACUAUGUGAAUGGGAAGACUUUCCUUGAGAAAAGAUAUAAUGAAGAUCUGGAACUUGAAGAUGCCAUUCAUACAGCCAUAUUAACCCUAAAGGAAAGCUUUGAAGGGCAGAUGACAGAAGAUAAUAUUGAAGUUGGAAUCUGCAACGAAGCCGGAUUUAGGAGGCUCACCCCAACUGAAGUUAAGGAUUAUUUGGCUGCCAUUGCAUAAUAAUGCAAAUAAUGAAGUGACUGAAAAUCCAGAAUUUCAGAUAACUUCUCUACUUAAACAUGUUUAAAGUAUGUUUUGUUUUGCAGACUUUUUGCAUACUUAUUUCUACAUGGUUUGAUGGACUGAUGUUUUUAAAAUGAGACUUAUAAAUCAUAAUAAACUCUUAAAUUAACUUCCAGCUUUUUAGGAGUUAGUAAACUUUUAACAUAGUUAUAUUUCCUGCUUUCCCUCACAGUUGAUUUCUGGAAACUACAUUGAAAAGCAGAAUGGUGAAAUUGGUCUUUAGUCUUCACACAGUUUGGAUUAAGUCAAACUUUGUCAUCUUCUUUACUGUCAGAUGUUGUCUGCUUCAGGAAAGCAAAAUCCUGAUUUCAGUAAACACUGCUUUUGGAGCUGAGAGAAUCUGUAGACUUUCGUGGAUUCUGAGGCAAGGUAGGAAGCAUAGCUGUAUUUUGGGCACCAUCAGGUGUGGAUCAGUGAAACCUAGACUGUUCUGUGAGAUUGCGCUGGAGCUGCCGAGCGUGCUAAGCCACAGUCUCCUGUAGGAGAUGCACCGUGUAGAUACGUAAGAAGCGGUGUGCUAGUUCCUGUUGGCUUUCCAUCACUAGUGCGUAAAUGUAUUUCAGAAGAGCCCCCUAGAGUCUGCUAGACCUUUCUAACUCAAGGAUGAAUGUGAGUGCUGGAAAUAAAAUACUAAUCCUUAAAUGUCAGAAUUACGGCUUAAGUCUCUCCCUCAUUCAUGAAACCUCUGUAAUCAGAACCUUCACUGCACUUUAAGACUUCCAGCAGCAAGUUAAUCAUGGAAUAUCGGAACCCUGUUUCCAUUAUAUGUGAAGGCAUAGCACUUAAAGCUUUCUUUGUUUUUUUUAAGGCCUCGUAGGAUGAGAGAAAUCCUGUCAUUAGUCUUGCUCACAGAACAUAAUUUAUGAAUGUCAUUUUUCUUACCAACAAAGAGAUGGGGAUUUCUGUGACUUAAAUGUGGGUCAAGAGAUCUCAAAAGAUUUGGUUAAGUUUAGCCUUCUUAGGAAAGAGACUUAUCUUGGAGUAUUUUUGUCAGGAUUCCCAGUUCUCCCUACUGUCACCGUAACCCCUAGAGUGGCAGGAGUGUUAUGAUGAGAGAUGAGAGAUGCCAACUUGACUGUUUUUAGACGUUUGUCUUGAAGGCCUCAUUUAACAUUAUAGCCUCCCCUUGUUGGCUCUUAGUACAUUAUGAAUCCAGAAUGCUAAAAAGAACUUAGUGGUCAAAAGGAAUGGUUUUGGAGUUAGGUCUCACCUCUCCCCCAACUGGCCGAGUGACUGCACACGGUAAUUAUCUCAGAGGGUUUUCUCAGGACUAACCUCGAUUCUGCAAGUGAAAGGCCUGGCAAGGUUAAUGGUUAAGUUUCAGCUAGUUUCAGCUCCUUUGAAUUUGCUUAGGCUCGCUAAUGUCCAACGUUAAGAAAUCAGAGGAAUGCCAAAAUUCUUCAAAGAAGGAAAGAGGCAUUUUUAUUUAGGACAAAAAGCACAUGGAGGUUCUUAUGGAGUGCUAACAGAAUAAAUCCUAUGGAAUAAAGGGAGGAAAAAUGAGCUGAAGCACAUCUGUGUCCAGAGUCUCAUCUCUGCCUCUUGCCCCAUUAAAUCCAAAGCCCAGUUCAACUGAAGCUUCUCCAUAAACACUUCUCCCUUGGGUCUCAGUUUGUUCUCUUCACUGACCAUAAGUUGUUCCCUUUUGUCUCAGUUCUUGGGAAACUGAAAAGUUUUUGGUCUAGAAACCGAUUGCAUGCAUCUCUACACAUUUCCAAACUCUUCAGUCUUCUAGCCUGUGGAUUCUAGCUUUUAAAAUCUUAUUUUAAGUAUCAUCAUGCUCC